AUGCGGGAAGAGGACUCCUCCCCGAUGGACAGUGCGGGGAACAGCGAGGAGGAGACCGACCUGCAUCUUCCGCGGAGAGGCGCCAGGAAGCGGCGGGCUGCACGGAGGAGCGUAGACGCGGAGGAGGAGGAGGAGGAGGAGGAGGGGGACGCGGAGAGCCAAAGCCCGGGCCGCGGUAAGAAGAGGUGCAGGAAGAGCUGUGAGGCCGGAGGAGGCAGCGCCGGGAGCGGGGGCAGCGAGGCCAGCAGCAGCCCCGAGGGCUCCUUCGAAGACCUCCACACGCAGCGCGUAAUGGCCAACGUGCGCGAGCGGCAACGGACACAGUCUCUCAACGAGGCGUUCACGUCGCUGCGGAAGAUCAUCCCCACGCUGCCGUCAGACAAACUCAGCAAGAUCCAGACGCUGAAGCUCGCGGCCCGGUACAUCGACUUCCUGUGCCAAGUCCUGCAAAGCGACGAGCUGGACGCGCGGGGAACCAGCUGCAGCUACGUGGCGCACGAACGCCUGAGCUAUGCGUUCUCGGUCUGGAGGAUGGGGGGCGCCUGGUCCCUGUCUACUGCAUCCCACUAGCAGAGCUGCUGUGGAUGGGACAGCAAGAUUAUACAGACUGAGGAACUGGUGGAUCAGACCAACCCUUCAGAUAGACUGACACAGGCCAAC